AUCUUAGCUGGUUUGGUUUAGUUUAAAUUCAGCCUCACCAGUGUAUUAAUGGAUGCUUUUGUUUGGGAAUUUCUUACGUUACAGCCAUUUGAGCAGAACUGGUUCGAUUCAAAACCAUUUUUAUAACGACUUUCCAAGCGCUUGGGGUUGCCAGAGUUGGUCCAGUCACUAUGGUGACAGACAUUUUAAAGAGUUUUGAACAAUGGGAUUUGUGUUGCACAGUAGGCUUGUGUUGCAGUUGGUCCGGAAAGCGGGAUUUCGUGCAACUACGUGUGAAGAUACUGUCCACUCAUUAAUAACAAUGGACCCAAGUGUCAAACGGACUAGAAGGUCUGCAUACAAGUGCAAACCUGACGGUGUUCAAACACGGCAGAAUUUGGAGAGACCUCUUUCUGAUAAGAUGGGCAUCCAUCAGCCAGAAUCCAUCGAUGGUGAAAUGCAAUCAAAUGACAAAGAGAUACUUUUAAGUCGCUGGAAAGAAGGACAAGAAUUAAUUUGUGCUGAAACACAGCAGGCUUCGGUGGAAAGUCUUGAAAACAGAUUCUUCAAAGUGCAUCGAAGUUUACUCCGAAACACAGCUGGGAUUGAUGAAGAUUUUAAUGAGCAGACAAUGAAAUCGCUGCAGAGGAUUAUAUCUGGACAAGGUUUAUUGAGCAAAGAAGCAGCUGUGAGUGCAAAACAUGAAGGAAAUUUAGAUCAGCAAACACAUUUCCAGAUGGACCAUAACACCUUCCACCUGCCCUUCGAUUACUUGAUUCGGUCCAAUUCAACAAGAUCGGUCAAAUGUUCCUCCAACCCUUCCAAAGUCAUUUUAAAAGACUCAUCAAAGUGUCGUGAAAAAAGCAGAAUCGACAAAAGUUUAUCUUUUAAAGGCAAACAUCUUGACUUCUUUGAAGUUGUAAAGGAACAACUGCAACAGAAAGACCUGGAAAAUCAACAUCUUGUCCGUUUAUUGAUGAUGAAGCAACGGGAACUGAAAGAUACGAUGGAGAUCUCCAAACAAAGAGAGAACGAAAUGCAACUUACUGCUGAAAAGCUGAAUUGCGAAGAACAGAAAAAUACAGAGAUCACCAAAAAGUUUGAUCGUACCUGUGAAGAUAUGAGAGAGGAACUUUCUGAAGCCAAAAGCAACAUCAAAAGCUCAGCCAAACAGCUCAAAGCAUUACUGGACAAAUACGAGCGACUCAAAACGCGUGCAAACGCAGUGAAGGACCAACUCAAAGUGGAGCUCGAUGAGAAAAAGAGCUCACAAAAAACACUGAAGAGGUUAAAGGAGUUAACUCAAGAAUUGAUCAGCAAGCAGAAACAUCUCGAGGAUGAGAGAGAUGCAACGGCGAAAGAUCUGUCUUUGUGCCGAGAGACCCUGCAGAUGAUGGAUGGAGAACACAAGAAGAACAUCUCCAUCAAACAAAGGCUGGAGGAGGAGCUAACAGCCACGAGAACUGAAUCUGAAAACCUCAGAGAUCAUUUAUUUAAAACACAAGAAAAGAAUAAAGGGCUGAUUCAAUUGGCUCGCUCCAAAGAGUCAGACAAAGAGAAAAGUUUAAAGGAAUCUCAGGACAUGAUCUCGAAAUUGAAUGCAGAGUUAAAGAAAUGCCAGAUGGAAGCGCAUCAGCAGGUGGAGGCCAUGAAACAUGAAUCUCAACAGAUUCACAACAAACAAAAAGUGGAGAUACUUCAACUGCAGGAGCAGCAGAAAGCAUGUCUGCAACAGUCCGAUGCUUUGAGAGGAGAAUGUGAGACCUACAUGAGCAUGGUUAAAAAACUCAAGAUGGAAAAGCAGGUCAUUAUAGAAAAGCUGGAGAGCAUUCAUAAAGAAAAGAUCGUGUUGGAGAUGGCGAGUACGAAGGAGGGUGAAAGAUUGAAGGAGGCCAUCCGCUUGCUGGAGCGUGAGAGAAAGGUGCUGUUAGAAGAGAUGGAGGACUUGAGGAACGAUUACCUCGGCAUCAGUGACCGUAUCGCACAGAAAAUGGGCUACGUGGAUAAAGCUGAUCCUCCUAUGACCAUCACAGAUAUCACUACAAACCAUCAUAGAAGAGCACAAAAGAAGUUGUCACCUACUGAUGAUGUAAUAGAAGACAUACGAAGGAAACUGAAAGAGGAGAAUAACCAUCAGUCAUGAACUCAUCACAGCACAAAUUUUAUUACAAUAUUUCAUGUGUGCUGUUAGAUGCCAUUUUAUUGUAUUCUGGUGCCUUUAAAUUAAACAAUUGCUUUAUGUUCCGGGUCAUUUUGAUCUGAAAAACCAGUGAUUUUGUUCCUGAGAUUUUGUGACUUUUUCUCAUGAUUUAUGGCCAUGAACAUGCAUGCAAAUUUAGGAAACACUGAUAUGUUUUGAAAUGUACGCAAAUAAUUUUAUAACCAUUUUGAUGUUCGUGGGUCAGUUUGACCCACAUUUUUUUUCCCAGAGGUACAGACCCAAAUUAAAUUUGUAUUCAGUAUAUGUUGCUAUAUUUGUGUUUUACUAUCCUGAAAUGGGAAAAAAUGAUUCUCACUAUUUUCAGUACUGAAAAAGACCAGAUAGAUGGUAAAAGUGAGCUAUCAUUUUAAUUUACAAUGCAUAUAAAAUACCAUUUGUCUUUUCUUUCAGACACUUUGUGACUUCUCAUUUAGGGCCAUUAACAUGAAUGCAAAGCGAGAAAACACUGACAUGUUUUGAGGUGUAAAGAAAUAUCUUUUUUUAUGAUUUUGAUGUAGUUAAUUUGACCCAUAUUUUUUGUCUCAAAGCAACUGUAUAUA